AGAUUUAGCAUAGAUUAGAUUCUUGUUCCCCCCUCUCUUCCUUUCCUUCUUUUCUAUUUCCAUUUCACUCCUCUCUUUCUCUCUCUCUUUAAGGUGGUUGCGCCACUUCACAGAGAGAUUUUGAAGGCUUUUCUAUUCUCUCUCAAACCAGUUUCUCUUGAGGAGGACAAAAUUGAGGAACCAUAGAAAGGGCAUUCUGGUAAUUACGGACCAUUUCUCCUCCAUGGUCGUAUCCACUCACUUCAACACCAACAACUACACUCCCUUCAUCUCCGGCGGCGCCGGCGCCAGGUUCUCCCUUAUGGCCGCGGUGGCGACGUCGUCCACUCCGUCGGUGCACUUCACGGCCUUCACUGGCCUCGCUAUCGUUGCCGUCAUCUUCUACGGCGCCAGUAGGUAAAAGCCGUAGAGCUCUCAGAUGAACAAAUUAGAGAGAGCAUAGCAAUCGCGAAACCCUAGCUCGCUCAGGCCUAGAUGACACUGUUUUCGAUUCCGAUUUUAUUACACUGAAAGGAAACAAAUAAGUAAAAUAAAAGUGUACAUAGAAGGAAUUUAUAGAUGAAUCCCCUUAGACGAAGUAAUAAUUCAUCUUCGUCGUCUUCGAAUUCCUCUCCUUCAUCGUCGUCGCAAUCGUCGUCGUCGUCAUCGUCGUGGAUCCAUUUGCGAUCGGUUCUAUUUGUUGUCACUUCUUCCUCAUCAGCUUCUUGUUCGUCCUCUGAUCGGGGUCGUCUUAAAUCACCAUGGUCACGCAGGAAAAGAAAACGUGUCCUUUCACCUCAGCAGUGGAAGAGCUUGUUUACUCAAGAAGGAAGAAUUCGCGAUGGAGGAAUUAAGUUCCUGAAAAGAGUUCGCAGUGGAGGUGUUGAUCCUAGUAUUAGAGCUGAAGUUUGGCCAUUCCUACUUGGAGUCUAUGAUUUGGACAGUACCAAAGAGGAAAGAGAAGCUAUAAGGAUUCAAAAUAGAAAGGAGUAUGAGAAACUUCGGAGACAGUGCCGGCAACUGCUAAAGCACAGAUAUGGGAGAUUUAAGUUAAACGAAGUAGGUGAAAUCAGCUACGAAGGAGAUGGUGGCAGUAUUAUUCAAGAUUAUGGUUCUCCAAGUUCAGAAGAUGCAACGAGUGCCAGAGAAUCUCUAUCCAGUGAGGAACGGGGCCCAGAUGUUGAAUAUUCAGAUGAUCCAUCUGGUGCCCUGUUGGAAGGAGAUGAUGCUCCUAAUAUCAGCAAUGCUGAUGCCUCUGUGCUGGAUACCUAUUCCACUGAUUCAGACUCCUCGGAAGGUCCUGAGGUAAUUCAAACAUUUCCUUCUGUUGAUGGUCAGGAAGAGAACAAUUCCAAGACAACUUCUAAGGAAAAUUCUUCUCCCUCCCAAAUGAAAGUCCCAUCAAAACUAUGGAGUAACGAAGAUUUUGCUACAUGGCAACGAAUCAUCCGACUUGAUGCAGUACGUGCCAAUGCAGAAUGGAUGCCAUACUCCCCUUCUCAAGCUGUUGUGCCAGACAGUAGGGCACAUCGGUCUGCCGAGGCUGUGGGCUUGAAGGAUUACGGUCACCUAGAUGCCAGUAGAAUCUUCCAUGCUGCUCGACUAGUUGCUAUUCUUGAAGCAUAUGCUCUAUAUGACCCUGAAAUUGGCUACUGCCAGGGUAUGAGUGAUCUGCUAUCUCCUAUAGUUAGUGUUGUAUCUGAAGAUCACGAGGCUUUCUGGUGUUUUGUUGGAUUCAUGAAGAAGGCUCGGCAGAAUUUCAGGCUUGAUGAGUUGGGUAUUAGGAGGCAACUUGAUAUAGUAGCAAAAAUUAUCAAGUUUAAGGAUGCCCACCUGUUUAGGCAUUUGCAGAAGCUACAGGCCGAGGAUUGCUUUUUUGUGUAUAGGAUGGUGGUGGUAUUGUUUAGAAGGGAGUUGACAUUUGAACAGACUCUUUGCCUUUGGGAAGUAAUGUGGGCUGAUCAAGCGGCUAUCAGGGCAGGUAUUGGGAAAUCUGCAUGGAGCAGAAUUAGGCAGCGUGCUCCGCCAACGGACGAUUUACUGCUUUAUGCAAUAGCUGCUUCCGUUUUACAGAAGAGGAAAUUGAUUAUUGAGAAAUAUAGCAGCAUGGACGAGAUCAUUAAGGAAUGCAAUGGCAUGUCAGGACACCUUGAUGUUUGGAAGCUGUUGGAUGAUGCCCAUAACUUGGUGGUUACCCUUCAUGACAAAAUGAAAAUAGACACAUCAUUCCGCUGACUACAGUUGAUGCAUAAGCAAACUAGUUUAUAAUAUCGUCAAAAGAUCUUUACUUUGAAGCUGCCAGACUUUUCCUCCGUAUCUAAAAGUAAGUACUGCACAUGCUGAGUUUAUAUUACAGCGAAGCCUGCUGCUUACUGAAACUUGCCACUGCUUAUUUACAAGGCUCAGUUUGGACAAUGUUGGCUAAUGUGGGAUUGAAGUUGGCUAGAUUUAGAUGCCAUCCUUUUCUUUUUCCUCUUUUUUUUUUUUCACGUUGGCUCCUUCCUUUUCUUUGUUUUUCUUUCUUUUUUUAAUUCUGAUUUGAGACACAUCUCGGAGCACCUUUGCGAAAAGCAGGGGUGGGUUGGUGCAUGUAACCAUUAGAAGAGGCUGAAAUACUGUCGACAAUUAUGAAUGUUGUCCUUUUUGACUGAAUCUGAACUCGCGACUCCUUUUGACU